CAGGUCUACGUGGACUUCGUGAAGGCCUGCCGCGAUCGCGGCAUCACGGUUCCGGUGGUGCCGGGCAUCAUGUGCCUCAACACUUUCGGCGGACUGGAGCGCAUGACGCAGCUUUGCAAGACGCGCCUGCCAGACGGCUUCUACGAGGCGGCCAAGGCCGCAAACACGUCCGACGACGCGUUCAAGGCGUGGGGCGUCAAGGAGGGCGUCAAGAUGUGCCGGGCCUGUCUCGACGGGGGCGCCCCCGGCCUGCACUUCUACACCCUGAACCUCGAGAAGGUCGUGGUGGGCACACUCGUGGGCCUGGGCCUCGUCACCGAGGAGCAGGCCAAGUGCUGCGCGGCGGGGGACGCGGACGCCAAGUUCAUGGUGUCCGCACAGGGCAUCACGACCGGCACCACGAGGGCCCAGCUGCCGGGCAACCGGCCCCUCGCCCAGGCGGACCCCGAGAUGGACGCGCUCGUCAAGGCCGAGAAGGCCCGCCAGAUGAAGUCCAUCGAGCUGAUCGCCUCGGAGAACUUCACGUCCAGGGCCGUCAUGGAGUGCCUCGGCUCCGCCCUCACGAACAAGUACUCCGAGGGCCAGCCGGGGGCGCGGUACUACGGCGGCAACGAGGUCAUCGACAAGGUCGAGAACCUCUGCAAGGCGCGCGCGCUGGCCGCCUUCGGCCUGGACGAGAGGCAGUGGGGCGUGAACGUGCAGCCCUACUCCGGCAGCCCGGCAAACUUCGCCGUGUACACCGCCCUGCUCAAACCCCACGACAGGGUCAUGGGCCUCGACCUCCCCAGCGGCGGCCACCUCACCCACGGCUACUACACGGCCAAGAAGAAGAUCUCCGCCACUUCAAUCUAUUUCGAGUCCCUCCCGUACAAGGUGCACCCAGUGACAGGCCUGAUCGACUUCGAUGCCCUGCGCCAGACAGCCCUGGUCUUCCGCCCAGCGAUGAUCCUGUGCGGUGCGUCGGCGUACCCAAGGGUUGUUGAUUUCGCAAAGUUCAAGGAGAUUGCCGACGAGGUUGGCGCCUACCUCAUGGCCGACAUCGCUCAUAUCUCUGGCCUUGUGGCGACUGGGCUGCAUGUCAAGCCUUUCGAGUACUGCGACGUCGUCACGACGACCACGCACAAGUCCCUGCGGGGGCCGCGCGCGGGCAUGAUCUUCUUCAAGUAUAGCGACCGUCUGCCCGACAUCAAGGAGCGCAUCGACAUGGCCGUGUUCCCGGGCCUGCAGGGCGGGCCCCACAACCACCAGAUCGGCGCGCUGGCGGUGCAGCUCCUCGAGGUGGCUACGCCGGAGUUCAAGGAAUACUCGCAGAACGUUGUGACUAACGCGAACGCGCUCGCGGAGGCCCUCCAGGCCAAGGGGCACAAGCUGGCGAGCGACGGCACGGACAACCACCUGGUCCUGUGGGACCUGCGCCCGCACGGCCUCACCGGCUCCAAGGUGGAGAAGGUCUGCGAGUUGGCCUCUAUCUCGCUGAACCGCAACGCCGUCCACGGCGACGCCUCCGCGCUGUCUCCGGGCGGCGUGCGCAUCGGCUCCCCAGCGAUGACGACCCGUGGCUGCAAGGUGGCGGAGUUCCAAAAGAUCGCAGAGUUCUUGGACCGGUGUUGCCAGAUCGCGCUGAAGGUGCAGACCGAGAAGGGCAAGAAGUUGAAGGACUUCGAGGCCGGCCUGGCCGGCAACGCCGACAUCGUGGCGUUGAAGAAGGAGGUGGAGGCCUGGGCGAGCGGCUUCGGCUACCCUGGGCUGUGAGCGGGAACGUGAGCCGCGCCUCGUUGCCAGGCAGCUGCAUGGAGUGGCGUCGCGGGGGGCCUCGGCAGGGUCAGGGCUCGUCUGUAUAGGUUCCACCUUGCGGAUCCCACUCGGCGCACUGCUGUUAGGGCAAAUUGUUUGCGCGAGACCGUGUUGUGUAUUGGCUCGUGUGAAUUUGUUCAGGAGCCAGUGUCUCAGUUACUUGCGCCCGCCCCUCUAGUCCCGUUGUUGACCCUCUGUCGCGACCGUGUCUGUCUGUAUUCCAACUUGUCUUCCUAUCACCGUUGGCUUCAUUGUCCUAGGCCUCGUCGGCUCAGGGCGAGAAGUGUAGCAGUUCCGCUAUUUCUGUUCAGUGCGUGGUGCGCGGUCAUGGCGCCCUCAGCACGCAUUAUUGCUGAUGCAGAAUACGUCGGCCCCACUCCAUUGCUUCACGCGAGACAGUCAUGUAUUUCGUGCACUGGCCACGGGCCAAAGAUUUCAUCAGGCACAAUGCUUCUCGGAAUGUCCUCCUCUUCCUCCUCCUUGUCCGUCUCUGCAUCUUCCUCCGUUUCUACCUCUUCCCCCUCCUU